GCAAAGAAGGUGGCAAAGAAAAAACAUACGGCAGAAGUGAGGGCUGAUGUGCAUGUUACAGCCCUAAAUGAAGCAAGGGAUGGUAGGGAAUCUGUUUGUGUUGGAAGCACAUCAUCGGAGCCCAACAAAUUAGGACCAAUGGACAAGUUUGUGCGUCCUAUUGAUGGUAAAUCAAGCAAAGAGGAAGCCUUGAAGCAGCUAAGUAUGAAUGAAGCACUAUUCAAGGAGAGAAGAGGUCAAUGUUCACCAUAUGUUGCUAGAUGGGUGUAUUCACAUGGCAUACCAUUUAAUGCUCUUGACAAUGAUGAGUUUUGUCAAAUGUGUGAGGCCAUAGGCAAAUUUGGUCCUGGAUAUGAGCCUCCUACUCAAUAUGAGCUUAGGGAGAAGUUGUUGAGUGAUGAAUAUGCAAGGACCAAGAGUUUGUUAGAUGAACGUGAGAAGGAGAAGAUAAAGCUUGGGUGCACCAUCAUGACAGAUGCAUGGACGGACAUGAAGAGGAGGAGCAUAAUGAAUUUGUGCAUGCAUUGCAGUGGGGGGACAAGUUUUCUCAAAUCAAAGGAAACAUCUGAUGUGUCACAUACAAGUGAAGUCAUAUUUCAGCUAGUGGACAGCGCAAUUGAGGAGGUAGGGGCAGAGCAUGUGAUGCAAGUGGUGACGGACAAUGCUUCCAAUAACAUGGGAGCCAAGAAAAUGUUGCUUGAGAAGAGGCCGAAGAUCUUUUGGAGCUCUUGUGCAACUCACACUAUCAACUUAAUGCUCCAAGGAAUUGGCAGCCUCAAGAGAUUCAAAACAAUAAUUGAUCAAGCAAAGAACCUCACCAUCUUCAUCUAUGCGCAUCACAAGACUUUGGCAUUGAUGAGGGUUGCUACAAAAAGGAGAGAUAUCAUAAGGCCGGGGGUGACUAGAUUUGCUUCCGCUUUUCUCACAUUGCAAAGUUUGUUGGAGAAGAAAGAUGCUUUAAGGUAUAUGGUGGUUGAAAGAGCUUGGGAAGAUAUGAAAAAUGUGAAAACAAAGAAAGGCAAGGAUGCAACGGCAACGGUGAUGGAUGCAAACUUUUGGAAAGGUGUGCUCCUAUGCAUAAAGGUGUUUGAGCCAUUGGUGAGAGUACUUCGUUUGGUUGAUGGGGAUAUUAAGCCAUCGAUGGCUUGGUUGUAUGGAGAGUUGGUGAAUGCAAAGAGGGAGAUGAAGGAGGCAUUUAACAACUUGGAGAGGAACUACAAAGAUACUAUGGGCAUUGUUGAAAAGAAGAUGAAUGGAAGGCUAGAUUCUCCACUGCACAUGGCCGCAUAUGUGUUGAACCCACACUAUAGUUAUGCAGAUAGCUCCGUCUUUACCACUGCAAAUGAAGGAUUUCAGGAGUGUGCUGAACAAUACUAUGCAAAUGAUCAUGAUACUUGCAUGCUGGUUGUCAAUGACGAGUUUCUGAAAUAUGAAAACAAAGAAGGAACUUUUGGAAAGAAGCUUGCAAAAGCAUGUGAAAAUAAAAGCUACAGCCCCGUUGGUUGGUGGAAGCUUUAUGGAGGAGAAACACCAAAUUUGAAAGAAAUGGCUAUGAGAAUCCUCUCUCUGACCUCUAGCUCUUCUGGUUGUGAAAGAAACUGGAGUGCAUUUGAAUCGAUACAUACCAAGAGAAGAAAUAGGCUCACAACGGAGCGAUGCAACAAUUUGGUCUUCAUAAGGUUCAACAAUAGGAUGUUGUCUAGGAAACAAAAGCUCCUAGAGAAGAAGAAAUGGGAUGUGCUCAUUAGCACCGAUGCUACCGAAGCUCAAGGAUUUCUAUUUGAAGGAGGGGAUGAUUAUGCAAGCGUUGUUUAUCUUGAUGAGGAGGAUGGAGAUGUUCAUCCGGGUACGGGGAUAUCAUGGGAUCUACUUGGUGAAGCAAUGGGAGCACAAGAGCAACUCCAACUUCGGAGGAGUGCAAGAGUGAGAGACCUUGAGGAGGAGGAGUUUGAAUCCGAUCAUGAUGAUGAGGAGAUAGUGGAUGAAGAUGAGAUUGAGUAUGAGGAUGAUUGAGAGGCAUUGAGCAUUUGAGCUAGUGAUCAUUGGCUCAUUGCAUGAUGGUUGGCAGCAUCAUGCCAUUAAGUGAUCAAGUUAUCAUGCAUUUGCAUUCAUGCAUUUGUCUUUUGUUUGUUAUUUGUUAUGUAAGAGACUAUGAUGGAGUGGUCACGGGUGAGACUAUUGUGGAUCGUGGCCGUGGUACUUUGGUUUGGUAGCACUAAGCAAGUUUAAGACUUUUAUUUGUUAUGUAAUAUGCUUGCUUGUGAAGUUGUGAACUUGUGAUAUGUUC